AUGGCGCGAUACAAUGGAGGCGCCAUUGUCAUGGCAGUGGUGGUGGCGGUGGUGGCGUUGGUUGGUGUGGCGCGGGCGGCCGAGUGUCAUGGAUCGCCGAAACCAGACGCUCAGCCCAACUUGAACGCCAUUUACGACAGCGCGCCCGUGCUCGUGCGUCAAGUCGCCAACGCCAAGCUUUACCGCGUUGGCGGCGGCAAUGAUACCAUCAACGUCGUUCACCUCUGGGGCACCCCCUACGAGAAGGGCUUUGCCCAUGGUACCCUCAUGCAGGAUGAUGCCAAGGACUUUAUCAACGCCGUCUGGGCCUACCUUGAGCUUCAGGUCGAGCAGGCCCUCAAUGGCUCGAUCCAUACCCUCAAGCCCGGCUUUAUCGAAAUGGUGGCCAACUACGGCCUUGAGGUCGCCCUUGACCUCACGCUUGAUCUCACCCGCCCGUUUACCGGCCAAUACUUUUUCGAAGAAAUGAAGGGCAUGGCCGACGCCACCGGCCUCUCUUACAGCCGCAUCGAGUACAUUCACAUGAUCGGCGAGCUUACCCAAGGCGAUUGCUCCAUUUCGACAAGGUACGACAUGCCCUUCCUCCCCGCUCCUCCCCACUUCUCCCGUCGCUACUCAGUUCCUCUGUGUUUCUUCGUUUUCCUCCCCCUCUUCUAUUUCUUUCCUCUCUCUCUCUCUCUCUCUCUCUCUCGUUUUCCUUGCCCUCUCCACCAACGCGCGACCAUCGAAGACGCUCGCCAACGCAUCGCCGAUGCGCCACGCACCUGCAACCUGAUUCUGGGUGUUGGUGACGGUAAAUCGAGCGAGUUUAACGGUAUCGAAUACUCAUACUCGGUGGCCCGCUUCUUUACCGAUACCGAUAACGAACCCGUCGCCGACUGGCACCCGCGCAUCAAUGACAUUGUCUACUACGGCAUGGACUGGCUCUGCCCGGGCUACAACCAGGUCCUUGGCGAGCAGCUUCAAAAGCACCAUGGCAACAUCACGGCGGAGAACACGAUCCGCGACAUCACCGCCAUUACCCAAACCGGUGACCUUCACAUUGCCAUUUACGACCUCGAGCAUCAAAUCCUUCACACCGCCAACGCGCGCCGCGACUCUGCCGAUGGGCCCAACUACGCCUACCAGCGUCCGUUUGUCAAGUUGGACAUGAAGGCUCUCUUCGAAGUAACCCUCUAAACGGGAUUGAUUUUGAAAAAAUGGCCUUGGCUUCCUUCCCAUGCGCCACUGUGUUCCCGCCUCUUCUUGGUUUUGGCGAAGUAUACGACACGCCCUGCUUGUUCAAGUAAUUGAGGCCGUGCUGA